AUGUGUAAGCACUCCGAAGGUCUGAAUGAAGAAAUCAAACUGUUAAUUGGGAUUCUUGAAAUAAGGGAGUUGGCUACGUUAGCCGAUCAAGCCAAGAAAGCGGAGGAACUUAAUAAUGAAAAAAAACAAGCAAAUACAGAAGCUAGAGCUUCGAGUAAGAGGUCUAGCGGCAAAAUGCACUCCUUUCUUACGAACAAAUCGAAGAGUCAACAAGAACACUCCACUGUAUCGGUGGGAUAUUCAAGCAAAACAAGAAGCUCUAAACGACAUAACCCAAGGGCUUCCUCCCCUAAGGUAACUAGUUUGGGGAGUGUAGAUGAUAAAAAGCCUAGAUAUGUGGUUCCCUUGACCACUUCCUUAAAGACUACCCGAAACGAGCCGAUAUCUAAUGUUCCUAAUCCUCGAGGUAGACCACCACGACAUCCUGGAAGUGCAAGUGGUAGUCGAACUGCUGUCAAGGAUACGACUGUAAAAUUAGAGGCUCAUGCCCCGGCAAGGGCUUAUGCGAUACGUACCAGAGAGGAAGCUUCAACUUCCAAUGUCAUUAUGGGUACAUUUUCUCUUCAUAAUACUUAUGUCAUUGCCUUAAUUGAUCCGGGAUUGACCUAUUCCUACGUAUGUAUGAAAUUAGUGUCUAGCAUGAACAUGUUUACGGAAUCAACGGAAUUUGUAAUUAAGGUGUCGAACCCUCUAGGCAACUCAGUAUUAGUAGACAAAGUUUGUAAGAAUUAUCCUUUGACGAUUCAAGGACAUUAUUUUUCGGCAAAUCUUAUGCUUUUGCUAUUUGACGAAUUUGAUGUAAUACUUGGUAUGGAUUGGUUGACCAUCCAUGAUGUGAUAGUAAACUGCAGUAGCAAGUACAUGGAAUUAAAAUGUUCAGAUGGUGACAUUCUCCGGGUUGAUUCAAAUGAGUUGAAUGCACCGCCAGCUGUGAUUACUUCAAUGAUGGCUCAAAGGUAUAUGAGGAAAGGAUAUGAAGCUUACCUUGAGUUCAUAUUGAAUACUAAAGAAUCUGAAUUGAAGAUUGAGUCGGUACUGAUAGUCCGUGAAUAUCCGAACAUGUUCCCAGAAGAGUUACCAGGGUUACCUCCUAUUAGAGAGGUGGAAUUCGGUAUUGAGCUAGUACUGGGAACGAUGCCCAUUUCUAUUGCUCCAUACAGAAUAACCCCUACUGAGUUGAAGGAGUUAAAAUCACAGUUGCAAGAAUUGACUGACAAAGGUUUUGCAAGACCGAGCUCUUCACCUUGGGUGCUCCCAUUUUAUUCAUGA